AUGCUCCGGUCACUAUACUCAGACGCCGUCUCGUCGUUUAUAUCCUCCCUUUUGCCAAUGGUACGGCAAAAAGCAUUGAGUCUACUGCCGACGGUAUCCAAGCACCCGCAAGCUUUCAGCCAUUUAAUUCAUGAAUUGAUGAAUUUUGAUAAUGAACUUAAGUCGUCCUGGUCUUAUCCAUCGAAUGCAAUGGAAGAAAAUGCAUGGAAGGGAAUAACCUGGGAAAUAUUAACAAAAGAGAAUUGGUUCUCUGAAUGGCUUCAGGUAGAGAAGAAUUUCGCCCUGGCACGAUACCAAAGUAUCAUUGAUGCCGAAGAUGGCGGUGAAAUUGAUUAUGAUGGAGUAGCACCCACGGCAACCAAGCCGACAAAGGCAGCUCUCCGAGUUAAUGAUCUCCUGGAGAAUGUCACGGAGCUUUACCGACCAUUGUCGUCUUUUAGCCAGAAGCUUCGAUUCCUAAUCGAUAUCCAAAUCACCAUCUUCGACUUAUUUCACGGCAGGCUACAUUCUGGUCUAGAAGCAUACCUUGCUAUGACAUCCGCCAUAGGGCGCACGGUACAGGGUUCCUCAGCCGGCCAACCUAAUCUAGACGGAGUUUCUGGCCUAGAGAGACUAUGCAGAAUAUUUGGAUCUGCCGAAUAUCUUGAGAAGAAGAUGCAAGACUGGGGAGAUGACGUUUUCUUCCUUGAACUUUGGUAUGAGCUCCAGGACCGGGUAGCAAGGCAAGGCCAGACCGGAAAGCCGGUGGCCGGCGCACUAUCGGUGUCAGAGAUUGCAGCACGAACCUCAUCGUCGGUCACCAAUAACAACCAUGAUCACCCCAGCGAUGCAGCGGAAGGUGCUCUAUUCGAUGAGACGGCUGCAGCAUACCGCCGCCUUCGAAUGCGAUCUGAAUCUAUAAUCCAAUCUACAAUAGCCUCGAACGUUCAGACCUCCCUACGGCCCUAUAAUCAGGUGUCCACUUGGGCUUCUCUGCGCUCGUCUUCUGAUGACCCUAGCACUCCUACCACACCCUCAGUAGAUCUUGUGCAAACCCUACGGCUUCUCACUGCUGACUUUUCGUUUCUCUCCCGCACGCUAGCUAUUGCCCCAAGGCGCCGCGUUGCUAACCACGUCCUACUCGCUAUUCAGACGUACAUUUGGGAUAACAUACUGAUGCGGAACUCUUUCUCUACUUCCGGCGCGGCACAGCUCUCUGUCGAUAUCUCCAAUAUCUGCGACACGGUAGAUGCUGCUAUAGGUGUAAAGGCCGGUGAAGAACUCGCAGCACGUACAAUGAAAAAGCUACGGGACGGUUUAUUCAUCCUGAACCUGAAAAUUAAAGCAGGAAAAGAUCAACCACCAGACACUAGUGAUGCUGCUGGAACAGCGCUUGGUUUAUGGGAAGCUGAAAAGAGGCUCUUUGCCAAUAAUGAAAGCGCACGAGGUGUUUUAUCUGAGCUUUGUAUAGACACAUUGACUGAAGCUGAUGCAAGAUCGGUUUUGGAGAGAAGAGUUGAGGUUCGCAGUUAG